AGAGAGAGAGAGAGAGCGAGCGCGUCUGAAAGAGAGACGUCCAAAACAAGGGAACGGGAGAGAAAAACAAGGGAGGAGGGUUAUGUUUCAGUCUGUUGACAUAAGACACAUGCUGGUAAAGAAGGAACACAAAGGGACAGAGAGUGAUACUGUCUGCUGACCAGGCAAGAGUGAGGCUCACACAGAAAGAAGGGAGGAAGUGGAAACGCCGAGGGCGAGAGAACCGCGGUGAAAGGCAGCCGUAGGACACGGGGACAGAGAUGUCUGACCAUGUCUUAACAAAGCUUGUCUGAUCCAAACAUGCGAGCAACAGUUUGCAGGUAGAGCUUCAGUGAUCCAGAGACAGAGAGCAGCCAACUUCAAAAUGUUGAUAAAAGAGUACAGAAUAUGCAUGCCUCUUACUGUAGAGGAGUACAAGACUGGGCAGCUGUACAUGAUCAGCAAGCACAGCCACGAGCAGAGCAGCGGAGGGGAAGGGGUGGAGGUGGUACGUAACGAGCCCGACACGCACCCCCAGUACGGAGCGGGCCAGAUCACGGAGAAGCGCAUCUACCUGAGCAGUAAGCUUCCCUCAUGGAUAAGGAAGUUUGUCCCCAUGAUCUUCUAUGUGACAGAAAAGGCCUGGAAUUUUUAUCCAUACACCAUCACAGAGUACUCGUGUUCCUUCAUUCCCAGGCUAAACAUCAGGAUUGAGACGCGCUUUGAGAACAAUAAUGGGAGCAAUGAAAAUGUAUUUGGAGAUAGCCCCACCCCCAGAGAAAGUGUCUGCUUCUUGGACAUACUGAGUGACCCAAUUCCUGAGAAGCACUACAAAAAAUCAGAGGACCUAAGAUGCUGGGUUUCAGACAAGACGGGCCGGGGCCCCCUAGUGGAUGGCUGGAGAAACAACACAAAACCCAUUAUGUGCUCCUACAAGAGAGUUGAGUGCAGUUUUGAGGUCUACGGCUUCCAGGGCAGAACAGAGGACUUCAUCCACAAGAACAUUCGUGACAUCCUGCUGGUGGGACACAGACAGGCAGUGGCAUGGGUGGACGAGUGGCAUGGGAUGAGUCUGGAGGGCGUGAGGGAGUUCGAAAAGCGACUGCAGCAGGAGACCAACAGCAAGCUGAAGAGUGAACAUUUCGACUCAGCUGCUCCAUUACGCCCUUCCUUCUCCCGUUCCGUCUCCGUCACGGAUGAGUCGUCAUUGAAGAAGAUGGGCGUGAACACUUUGGUGAUCCCAGAUUCUUCGUCGUGUGACUCCUCUUCCUCACUCAACAAGCCUAUGAGGAUGAAUUCGACCUCAGAGUGACGAGUACAGCUGCUCCUCACAGAUUCAGUGACCACCUCAGCAGCAGGCCUGAACGUGUAACCAAUGAAGGCCACCGGGAUGCUCACACUCACCGUGUUUUAAAGAUAAAUAUAAGCUAUGCACAGUCUUGUAGAUGCAAAUUGCACAAUCCACUUGAGAGGGUUUCUGUCUACACGGGGGAGCCCCUCCCUUUUACAUUUUUUUCUCUGUAUAUUAAUGUUUUGUGUCUUACGCAGCUUCUGAAGUAACACCAUAGGAACCUCCUCCAUGUGCAGCUAACCUAUCUGCCUUAAGGUAUUGCACAGAGUUUCCAGUCCUUAAGCCAGUAGCCCACCAGUAGCGCACCCUUGACUUUUUUCAUGCACGGUUCAGCUCGCUACAGACUUGUAUCUGCACAAUGCCUUUUGGGUAGCUUGCCUGUACAUACAUAAGGACCUGCGACAGUCUAAAGAUGCCCCCCAGCUAGCGUAGGCUGGUGGCCAGUCCCAGGCUGCAUUUGGCAUUUGUACAAAUUUACGCUGUCAGUGGUCUGUUCCACUGCCUACAUGCACAGAACCGGUUUGCAUACACAAAGCACAGCCCUACAAAAUGAAGAAUAGAAUCUGACCAGUCUCUCCUGGACUUGCGAAGACUAUAACCAUAUUGCUUAAGACAAACAAGACCCCAUGACAUAAAAGGCACUCUGCGAUGUGAACUGCUAUCUAGUACAUACCCUUGGCUCACUGAGUGGGGGCACUGAGCUGUUAUAUUCAUUCAACCCACUUAUAUGGUGAAUGGGACAUGCUAGGUUAACCUAUGAUGCACAUCAGUACACUGACCAAAUGGGUUUUUAAAAUGCACUCUAGCUCACAAAUGAGCUAAUAUGCUCCCCAGUAUCAUAUGAAUAAUUAAAUAGGAGCAAAGUAAGAUGUGUGAUUAAGUCCCUCAGACAAACGCACUGAAAUCCUUUGUUAGCAAUUCAGAGUUGAGUAGGAAACCCAGCUGUGGAAUAGGUUUAAGUGGAGGGCCUCGGUCAACUCUUAUUCUAGCCGACUAGACAGUUUGGUCUCUACAUUGUAAUUGAGAAUUAGUUCAUUAGAAAAUGCAAAAAAAUUAAACAAAUCUAAAAUGUUCUGAUCUCUUCAUGAUUCUACAUGGGAAUUGUUGGUGUACAUUGAUGUUCAUAAGAAUUACAUGUGGAUUGUUUAAUAAAUUGACUCAGGGUUAA